AGUACUGUCAAACUCAAAAAUUUAAAGUCAAGAUGUUCAGACUACCAACAUUACUUCGCAGUGUUGCUUUGAGACAAAUACACUUACAAGUUUGUAGUUAUGCUAAAGAUGUUCGUUUUGGAGCAGAAGUGCGGGCACUUAUGUUACAAGGGGUAGAUGUCUUGGCUGAUGCUGUGGCAGUCACUAUGGGUCCUAAGGGACGUAAUGUUAUCUUAGAACAAAGUUGGGGAAGUCCUAAAAUUACAAAAGAUGGUGUAACUGUAGCAAAAGGUGUUGAAUUAAAGGAUAAAUUUCAAAAUAUUGGAGCAAAAUUAGUACAAGAUGUUGCUAAUAAUACAAAUGAAGAAGCAGGAGAUGGAACUACUACAGCAACUGUUUUGGCCAGGGCUAUUGCUAAAGAAGGUUUUGAAAAGAUCAGUAAAGGAGCUAACCCUGUUGAAAUAAGACGAGGUGUAAUGAUGGCAGUUGAUAAAGUUAAAGAAGAACUUAAAUAUCUCAGCAAACCUGUUACAACUCCAGAAGAAAUUGCACAGGUUGCAACAAUUUCUGCAAAUGGUGACACUGCUAUUGGUAGCUUAAUUUCAGAUGCUAUGAAAAGGGUUGGAAAAGAAGGUGUUAUUACUGUUAAAGAUGGUAAAACUUUAAAUGAUGAAUUGGAAGUUAUCGAAGGAAUGAAAUUUGAUCGUGGUUAUAUUUCUCCUUACUUUAUUAAUUCUUCUAAGGGAGCUAAAGUAGAAUUUCAAGAUGCUCUAAUUUUAUUUAGUGAGAAAAAAAUUUCUUCUGUUCAAAGCAUCAUUCCUUCUUUGGAACUUGCAAAUUCUCAACGUAAGCCUCUUGUCAUUAUUGCUGAAGAUAUUGACGGUGAAGCACUUUCGACUUUAGUUGUUAACCGUUUAAAGAUUGGUUUACAAGUAGUGGCUGUUAAAGCUCCUGGUUUUGGAGAUAAUAGAAAAGCUACUUUACAAGAUAUGGCAAUUGCUACUGGAGGUAUUGUUUUUGGAGAUGAUGCUAAUUUAAUAAAAAUAGAAGAUGUUCAGCUUAGUGAUUUGGGUCAGGUGGGCGAAGUACUUAUUACAAAAGAUGACACACUCCUUUUGAAGGGUAAAGGAAAGAAAUCUGAUAUUGACAGAAGAGCUAAUCAACUAAGAGAUCAAAUUGAAGAUACAACUUCUGAUUAUGAAAAAGAAAAACUACAGGAACGCUUGGCUAGACUUGCUUCUGGAGUAGCUGUUUUAAGAGUAGGAGGAAGUAGUGAAGUAGAAGUCAAUGAAAAGAAAGAUCGUGUCCAUGAUGCAUUGAAUGCAACACGUGCUGCUGUUGAAGAAGGAAUAGUUCCUGGAGGUGGGACUGCUCUAUUAAGGUGUGCACCAUCAUUGAAGACAUUAAAUCCCAUAAAUGAAGAUCAAAAAACUGGUAUUGAUAUUGUGGCUAAUGCUUUACGAAUGCCUUGUCUACAGAUUGCUCAAAAUGCUGGAGUUGAUGGUAGUGUCGUUGUUGCCAAAGUGUCAGAGGGACAACUUGGUUAUGAUGCCAUGAAUAAUGAAUAUGUUAACAUGAUUGAUAAAGGCAUAAUAGAUCCUACAAAAGUUGUACGUACAGCUUUAACUGAUGCAGCUGGAGUUGCAUCACUUUUAACUACUGCUGAGGCAGUAGUAACAGAAUUACCCAAAGAUGACCCACCGAUACCAGGAAGUGGCAUGGGUGGCAUGGGUGGAAUGGGAGGUAUGGGAGGUAUGGGAGGCAUGAUGUAAAACUAAAAUGUGCUGCCUUUAAAGACUGAAACAAACAAUAAGAAUAUUUAAA